GCUUUACUGCAGCUACAGUAGUUGAUUCCGAAACGCACCCAUUGAAAACUCAUCCGUAUGGGUACUUGUGGAGGGGAGAACACGGUGCUGGUGUUUCAUAUUCUUCUUGGAGUACCCUGAAUUUUCUAUCAACAACCUCAAAAUUCACGGUAACUCCGAUUCAACAAUUUGAAUAGAGUUUACAGCAACGAAAUAAACUGUUGGCACACGCUUGGAAAAAAAUUUCGGAGUGAACAAGAAUGGCCCGUGGACAUCAGAAAAUUCAAUCACAAGCGAAGGCAGCUGAGAAGGCAAGCAAGUUGAAGAAACAACAGGGUCACAGUGCCAAUGAGCAGAAGAAAGCUGCACAGAAAGCCCUGGUUCAUGUUUGUGCUGUUUGCAAAGCUCAGAUGCCAGAUCCAAAGACGUAUAAACAGCACUUCGAGAACAAACAUCCGAAAAAUGAUAUGCCCGAGGAUUUGAAGAAUAUAUGAAGGUGAAAAUUCAUCUGGUCUCGAGCGAGCAGACAACAGGGAAAAGUGGCAAGAUAACGUGAAGAAAGAAAAACAUAAACAAAUAAACGAUUAAAUUAAUUGACAAAAGUAAAUGAAUGUUGAGAAAGGAACGAAACGUAAACAAACGUUAAUAAUACGAGUGAUAUAUAGUGUAACGUUUUAUCCGGCUAAUUUCAAUCGCAUUGAUUCAUCGCAGAAAUAAAUUGAAAUCCACUUUAACAUUUUUUAAUAUUUUUUCGCUUCAAAUUGCAAUGUAUGCACUUACCACUGUUAUUGAAUGCACAUGAAUCAAUUUAUUAAUUAUUAGUGAUUAUUCAGUGAUAAUGAGUGCUUAGAAUUAUUGAUGAAUGUUCAUUGAAAAAGCGUAGGCAUUAAAAAGCAUUACUCCCUGUUCUUUUUCUGUUUCAGUCAAUUCUUGAAUUAUUUGUAAUAGUUUAUGUUCGAUUUGUUCUAGAAUCAAUGACUGCCAAUACCAACUAAAUUAUAAUCUAUGUUAUCUAGGAGGAAAGAAAAGAAAAAUGUUGAAAAUUUCAAUAUUAAUAUGGCUACCCUUGACAUUAUCAUUAUUUUUUUCUUCGAAUUAUGAAAAAGUGAAUUAAGGGACUCGUUAUUAAGAUAGAGUUGAUUCAGUAACAAUGUAAACAAUUCAUAAGUAUUUAUAGAUAAUCACUCGCUCAUAAUGAAUUUAUAUUGAAUUUUUCCGUCGAAAUGUUCCAAUUGUACUUAAUACUUGGUCUUCAUUGAGGAAACAUUUAAAAUCCUUGAAAUAAUAAUUUGUACAUGCACGAA